AUGGGAUUGCAUUCUCCGAAUAACACUCCUGGUCGAACUGUCCCAGGAAAGCCUGGCAAUCAAUCAGCAGAGAGAAUGAACAAAUUGCAACACGAAACGGAUCCUUCAGAUAAGACCCGAUUUGACAUGCAGUUGAUUCCUGGAGGUGACACUGAGCUUUCUACGGGAAUUGCAGGAAGUACUAGCCCAGAUGUGAGCUCUUACUCGCAAGAAUCGCACUAUUUACAGGCUUCAGCUAGUACUCAUGCUCUUUCAAGGAAAGCUGAUUCACAGGUCACAUCAUCUCGCAACUCUCCGGAGCCAGAUGAAACCGAUUUGGAGGGACACUACUUGGGGGCGUCCUCCGGGGUCUCAUUUUUACUCCGUGUACAGAAAAGGCUUCAUGAGAAUUUCAAGAUCUCUGCCACUGAGACAAUAUUCAACUUUGGAGACGCUCCUUUACCCACAUACGACUCUCAAUUCUUGGUGCUCCCACCAAUUCGUGAGGCCAAAGUACUGGUUGAUCGCUACUUUGACUUUUCAUUUCCUACACAUCGUUUCCUCCACCAAAGAACAGUUGAGUCAUGGCUCCAAGAUUUCUACUCUGGAGUGAAUGAAGCAAACAAUGUUGUUGAGCGGGCAGUGAAGGCCGUCAUUCUGAUGGUCUUGGCACAGGGAAAGCAAUACCUGUCUGAAAAUGAUAGAUUGGUUGGGGACUCAGUGAAAAGCGAGCUUGUCUAA